UGUUUUUCCCCUCAGGCGGCUGGAAACGCUGUGAAGAGAGCCUCUGAUAACCUGGUGAAGGCAGCGCAGAAAGCAGCGUUCGACGCUCAGGACGACCAGGCUGUGGUGGUGAAGAGCAAGAUGGUGGGGGGCAUCGCUCAGAUCAUCGCGGCUCAGGAGGAGAUGCUGCGGAAAGAAAGGGAGCUGGAAGAGGCCCGGAGGAAGCUGGCCACGAUCAGACAGCAGCAGUACAAGUUCCUCCCCUCAGAGUUGAGAGAGGACGGCCAGGACCAGUGAGAGAGGGGGGGGGGGGGGGGGGGGGUGUGAGGCAGCAGUGAUUAGUGGGGCGUUCAGGUCCUUCCCCAGCUACAUGUAGGGAGAGAAGAACAUCACUCCACCCCACAGAGGGUCACUAUCAAUCUGGUUCUGUAUUUAAUUCUUAAAGUCAAACGUGAACUGAUGCCAAUGAUUAUACAUUUUGAUAAAAAAUAUAUGCCUUCGGUGCUUUUGAUUAUAUAUGAUCACAUACUUUUCCAUAUAUAUUUUUCUCUUUUUUUUGUACAUGCUUUUUUGUGUGGCUUAAAGUAACAAAAAUCAUGCCGGUAAAUUCUGCUUUCCUGCCGACUGUCAGAUAUCAGAGAGAUGGAGCAGAGCACGAUAAAGGCUUCUAUGCAAAUUAUGCAUACUCUAUGCACAUUUUCUAUGCAGACGUUUUUGUUGUGUGUGAGCAUGAGGUGAGAGAAACGGUCUCAUUACCAGUGAUUUUGUUCAGUACUGUAUGUAACUUGUCAUACUGUAUUAAGGAAAAUGAAAUAAAAUGGUAGUUUUUAAAGUUUAGAUUUGGACAAAUUAACUUUGCAAUGUAACAAAUCAGAGGGGGAAACCAUAUUUUUCUAAAGAUCAAGCUAUGAAAUGUAUUAUAAAGGAAUCUUCCAACAAGGUGCCAUCUUAGUAAACGUUUUCAGUCAGUAUUUUCUCAGUAUUUAGGCCUUAGAUUAGAAUAUUUUGUUUGUGUAAAGAUUAUGAAGCCAUAUAUUUAACUUUGAUACAUUUGACAUCAUAUUGACUGUAUGUGGAUGCUCGGUGUUUGUGUUAUCUGUACCAACAUUGGUGCCUGACGCAGUGCUUUAAACUUUCCAGAGAAUUCCUGCACAGUACAAUCACCAAUGCUAGUCUGAGUUACUUCUCGUUAGCAUGACGUUAGCUCACUGUGUCCCCAGUGUAGCUGUGCUUAAAAAGUGCCUUCAUACAAAUGGUCAGGUAUUAUCAACAGAUACUAACCGUAUACCCCUAGAUGCACUUCAUUUCAUAAUUUAUCAGAGCAUCAUUUCAAACUACCCUUACACCAUGUGUGUACAAAGUCGUUAUGUUCUCUGACUGAGUAUUUUUUCGAACAAACAUUGCACAGCAUUCCUUAUAGUGACUGUAAUCAUCUGUCUUUUUGUUCUUUUGCUCACAUUUUGCCUUCAAUUACAGCAGCACCACCUCAUUGGCACUGUAACAGAUUUAUAUUCAAUAAAGCCAGUUUUCAGUGACA